UACCAAUUAACAUAGCUUUUUAAUUUAUUUUCUUUUAUACAGACAAGGUCUUUACUAGGCGUUUUUGAAGAAGAUGCUACAGCUAUUUCCAACUAUAUGAACCAAUUGUAUCAAGCUAUGCAUCGGAUUUAUGAUGCACAGAAUGAAUUAAGUGCAGCAACACACCUGACUUCGAAACUUUUAAAAGAAUAUGAAAAACAGCGUUUUCCAUUGAGGGGUGAUGAUGAAGUUAUGAGCUCUACUUUACAACAGUUUUCAAAAGUUAUAGAUGAGCUUAGCUCUUGUCAUGCUGUACUCUCAACUCAACUUGCUGAUGCCAUGAUGUUCCCCAUUACCCAGUUUAAAGAAAGAGAUCUGAAAGAAAUACUGACAUUAAAAGAAGUGUUUCAGAUCGCUAGUAACGAUCAUGAUGCUGCAAUUAACAGAUAUAGCCGAUUGUCAAAAAAAAGAGAAAAUGACAAGGUGAAAUAUGAAGUAACAGAAGAUGUGUAUACUUCCAGAAAAAAACAGCACCAGACCAUGAUGCAUUAUUUUUGUGCAUUAAAUACUCUUCAAUACAAGAAGAAGAUAGCAUUGUUAGAACCUCUACUUGGGUACAUGCAAGCUCAGAUAAGUUUCUUUAAGAUGGGUUCUGAAAAUCUCAAUGAACAGUUGGAAGAAUUUUUAGCUAAUAUUGGAACAAGUGUACAGAAUGUUCGCAGGGAAAUGGACAGUGAUGUAGAGACCAUGCAGCAGACAAUAGAGGAUUUGGAAGUAGCCAGUGACCCUUUAUAUGUGCCUGACCCAGACCCCACAAAAUUUCCUGUUAAUCGAAACUUAACCCGAAAGGCUGGAUACCUUAAUGCUAGAAAUAAAACAGGCUUGGUGUCAUCUACCUGGGAUAGACAGUUUUACUUCACGCAGGGUGGAAACUUAAUGAGUCAAGCCCGUGGCGAUGUAGCAGGAGGCCUGGCCAUGGACAUAGACAACUGUUCAGUGAUGGCUGUGGACUGUGAAGACAGGCGAUAUUGUUUUCAGAUUACCUCUUUUGAUGGGAAAAAAUCUUCAAUUUUGCAAGCAGAGAGUAAAAAAGACCAUGAAGAGUGGAUUUGUACAAUAAACAAUAUAUCUAAACAAAUAUACUUAAGUGAAAAUCCAGAGGAAACUGCUGCACGAGUAAAUCAGUCAGCUCUGGAAGCUGUCACUCCUUCCCCUUCUUUUCAGCAGAGGCAUGAGAGUCUGCGGCCAGCAGGACAAUCUCGGCCACCAACAGCUCGAACCAGCAGUUCAGGAUCUUUAGGAUCUGAGUCCACAAAUUUGGCUGCCCUUUCUCUAGAUUCUCUUGUUGCCCCAGACACCCCAAUACAGUUUGACAUAAUUUCUCCUGUAUGUGAAGAUCUGCCUGGCCAGGCCAAAACUUCUGGCCAGGGAGGCAGGCGUACAAAUCCAUUUGGAGAAUCUGGAGGAAGUACAAAAUCUGAAACUGAAGAUUCUAUUCUUCAUCAGUUAUUUAUUGUCCGAUUCCUUGGUUCUAUGGAGGUGAAAUCAGAUGAUCAUCCGGAUGUUGUUUAUGAAACAAUGCGCCAAAUCUUAGCUGCUCGGGCCAUCCAUAACAUCUUUCGUAUGACAGAAUCACAUUUAUUAGUCACUUGUGAUUGUUUAAAGUUAAUUGAUCCACAGACACAAGUUACAAGACUCACAUUUCCAUUACCCUGUGUAGUUUUGUAUGCUACACACCAGGAAAAUAAGCGGCUUUUUGGAUUUGUUCUCCGGACAUCAGGAGGGAGAAGUGAAAGUAAUCUGUCAUCAGUAUGCUAUAUAUUUGAAUCAAACAAUGAGGGAGAAAAGAUUUGUGAUUCUGUUGGACUGGCAAAACAGAUAGCUCUGCAUGCUGAACUGGAUCGUAGGGCAUCAGAAAAACAAAAAGAAAUAGAGAGAGUAAAAGAGAAGCAACAGAAAGAACUCAGUAAACAAAAACAGAUUGAAAAGGACUUGGAAGAACAGAGUCGGUUGAUAGCUGCUUCCAGUAGAACAAACCAAGCCAGUAGUGAGGGGCAGUUUGUUGUCCUUAGCAGUAGCCAGUCAGAAGAGAGUGAUUUGGGAGAAGAAGGAAAGAAGAGAGAGUCAGAAGCAUAAACUUACAUUGCUUUUUGAUUGACACCCCCCCCCUUCCGGAAUUGACAAUUUCUAUGGUGAAAUGGCACAAGGUAACAACUAUGUUGAAAUAUCAAGGAGGAGACUACACUUUAUAUUUGCUUGUUUUUAGCUUCACGUAAAAAAAUGUUGAACUUGAUGAUUUAGUUUUACAUUGUUUUUUAUUUUCCCUUAAAAAUAAUAAUGUAUGCAUUAACAUUAAAUUCCUCUUGUCUAGGGCUGGGUUGGGACUCAGUGGCAGAGCACUUGCCUUGAACAUGUGAGGCACUGGGUUUGAUCCUCAGUACCACAUAAAAAUAAAUAAACAAAAUAAAGACAUUAUGUCCAUUUAUAACUAAAAAAUAUAUUUAAAAAACAUUGUACUUGUCUAAACAAAACUUAUUUCCCUAAAACAGAUUGCUGAGGAAUUAUACUUAAGCAUUUUUUUCCUUCAAAUUUUGAACUUUUAAUCUUGUGUUGUAAAUACCUAUGUGCCCAUCAGAAAUAAUUUAUUCUUAGGUAUUCAUAUAUUCAUGGAUAUACUCGAUCCCUUUCAUUAGGAACAUUUUGCUGGCAGUGAAGAAGUGUUCAACUAAGUGACCCCUUUCUACAGAGAAUUCUACAAAUUUGCAAAUAUUUUAACAUUAUUUAUUUGUAUAAAAUCGUUAGAGAUUUUAGACUUAAGGUUUCCAACUUGUGGCAGGUGGCACUAUUGAUUGCAGUACACUUUCUUGGAUUGCUCACAUUUCUCUUAUGUACUAUAUCUGAUGCCAGUAGUGAAAAAAGCUUGUAUCUUUGGUUCAAAAUUGAUACAGCCCUUGGCAUUUUAUUAUCAUAUUCUCAGUUCUCAGGUUGGGACUUCAAUUAUUACUGCAGAGCAGUAAUAAUUAAAGUAAGAUUUUGAAAUUCAUUAAAAUAUUUCUGUUUUGUUCAUUAGGACUGGCUUGUAAAGAUAUUGUUAGAAGAUGAUACAUUGUAUUUUCAGCAUUAUGUAAAAUGAUUUUUACUGAUAAUCAAAUGACAUUUUCAAAUGACAUUUCAAAAGAAGUUAUAUACCAAUUAUGUUUACUGCUUAAAAGUAAAAAUUCCCAGAGUUUAGUUUAGAAAAUGUAAUCUUUUAAAUUUCAGACUGAUAUGCCCAGUAUUUUCAUAAUCCCAUAUUUUGAUAAAGUACUGAAUCAUCACUUUAUAUCCACAAAGGCAAAUAACUAAUUUAUGAGCAUAGAAUAGUUUGCACUAACUAUUGUAAAUACUUUUCAAAUGAGUAAAAGGUAUGAUUCCAUGAAAGACUGAAAAGAAAUUGAAUGAUUGGUAUAGCUAGUAGGGGAAGUUGACCAAGGAAGGAUUUUAGCCUGCUACAGGUUUAAAAUAACAUUUCUCUAUUGCCUAUCUUCUCCCAGAAAUUAAUUUCUUUUACUUUGCUCAGAUUUAAACAUGGCUUAUAGAAGUUAUGUUCAUGUGUUCCACAUGAAAAAGUAUAUAUACAUAUAUACAUAUAAGUUAAAUAUAUUGAGUAAAAUAUCUUACAUAGUUAAACAUUUAGAAUUUUUCAGUAGGUUAGCUACUAAUACUAAUUUCACAAGGGAAAAAUCCUUUUGUCCUUUGAUAUGUAGUUUUUUGUUUUUUUUUUAGGUCUGAAUUAGAAAUGGCAUCUGUUAAAAGCUCUCAAAAUAUAGCUCAAUUUCAUACUGUAUAUGUACAUUGUUUUCUGUAGGAAUGAGAUAAUUAUACAUAGCUUCAUGAUAUUUUUAUCCAUGUGCCAACUAGGAGUAAUGAUUAUUUAAUACUCCUUAAAGCCUUAUGAUACUAAAACAUAUAUUAAAAAUGUAGACAUUUAUGGAAUACUUUUUGAUUAAGUUUAUUUUGUGCCUACUAAAGGGAAUGCUUUUAAAAUAUUGUAUCAUUCCUUUUGUUAAAGUUGAAAUUUGUGAUCAGUACUUGAUCAGUCAUGGAAAUUCCUGCUUUUAAGACCUUUUUUGAGAUUGGUUAACUUUCAGUUUCAUUGUCUUUUCUUUAUAUGGCACCUCGCUAAGUUCACAUGAAAUCUGUUGCCUCACAGGAAGUUGGUCAUCAUUAGAAGGCAGUUUUACCUGGUUGGUCCUUUGCAUGGUAGCAAAGUGCUACCCAUUGUUAGCCCUCUGGGUCAAAGUGUAGACUGAGGUUAAGGUUAUUGGUAGACGUGGGGAUGCUGGACAGACUUAUAGUUCCUGUGUGUGUGUGUGUAGUUCCCUUUAAGUCAUGUUCAUAAGAAUUAUCACAAUAACUGUCAUACAUAACUAAAAGAAAUUUUAAAAAUGCCCAUGUCCAUAGGACAGAUGCAUUCCAGUGCCAAAUAGAAAUCAUGAGUACAUUUAGCAAUGUUAGAUGACAAUUCUCUUCCAUUACUACUAAACUAUAGGAGCUAUUCUAUUAUUGCAGACCUGUAAGCAUCGAGUUUAAUAAGCUCUCCUUUUUAUUUAAAGAAUGCUGCCCAUGGGCUUCAUAUUAAUGUUAUAGCUGAUCUCCUCUGAAACCCCUUCAAAAACUCUUGAGAUGCUUCGAUGGCAGUUGGAUUAGAUUUGGGGAUAUCUCUUCUCUGGCAUAAAUUUAUAUUUAAUGAUUUUUAGAAAUUAACCACAUAUUUUUUUAAGGAAAGAAAUUAAGAAAUUAAGCCUAAUUCUGCUGUAUGUUCUGCUUCCUAUGUGAACAGUGCUUUUGUAACUAUGGUAAUGAAAUUAAUAGAUAAAAAAUCAAUUAUUAGUGCAUCCUUCUAGAAUUUUGAAAAUUUGCUAAUUAGGUACUGAAACUGGUACCUUGAACAAAGUCCCUAAAGCUAAUCUAAUCUAGUUCUUGUCAUGACUAUAAGGAUUACUUUGUGUGCAAUUUUAAAAGAAUUCACAGGAUCCACAAACUAAAUUUGUUGUUUCCAUUACUUUUGGGAAAAGGACAAUAGGAUGUGUGUAAUUUCCUAGGUAGCAUAAAAUGUUGUGAUAAAGGCAUCUGAGUUCAUUCUGAGUUAUAUAUAGGAACCACAGUGUUUAAAAUUUGCAUCUUACAAAUGUUAAAAAGACUAAGAAUCUAGCAUAUUUAGCAAAACCUUUUGCAACCUGAAUAAAAUGAAAAUAUAAAUGUUGAUUUUUGACAACCUCCUUUCAGUUGAAUUGUACUUCGAAUAUUUAAAUAUACCAAUUGUAACAAUCAAACUCUUCAUUUUAUUUUUAGCAUUUACUCCUUUUUCAUGAAGUUUCUGUUCUACAUUAAUUAAUAAUACAAAGAUUUGAAACUGGAACCACAGUAUACUUUUUUAACCAAUCUCUUGUGGCUGUACUCAUAAGUAAUUUACUUUAAUUAAUAGAAGAACUGGGGAUUAAAUUAUAACUAAGGUGUGAAAUUGCUUUGUAUAUUCAGUGAUUUUUGUAAUGUAAGUGACUUGGUUAAUUCUUAUCUCACUGAUAGUUAAUUCAUGCAGUGUACCAUUAAGUCAUGUUAACAUUUCACUUUAGAAUUGGAUUUGAGGAACUCACCUUUAUGUGACCAUGGUGUAUACAUGUAGGACAGAGAACUUAUUUUUUCAUUUUGUCAAAAUAGGCAUUUGCUGACAAGGCUUCAGGAAAUAUGUUGUUAGAUUUUUUAAUGUAUAAUAAAGUCUGAUUUUUGUACAGUC